AUGACGAUGAACCUCAAAAAGCAAGCGCACAAAUCACGCAAGCUGAUAACCUGUCUCAAGUCCCUGCUCAAUCUCUACAAGCACAGCGCAGUGAACUCUGCCGGCAAAAAUGGAGGGCGAGAACCCACAGGCCCGGACGUCGUUGAGAGAGUAUCCGAGGAACAAAGUCAGAACAUCGACGAGCACCAGCGGACAUCAACCCCACAGUCCGAACGCACUCUUGAGGACGAUCAUACGUCUUCUAGUGAAACCGAAAGCUGCCACAGCCGAGAUUCGCAGGAUGCUCAGACGCAAGGAAGUUCGAUGCAAGCCAGGGCAAGACAGAGAUAUACCAAUUUUAUCCACAGGGAUCCUGAGGUUCUUGGCUUGGCUUACCGAGUGACCAACCUCGAAAAGAUUUCGGCAUCGGCGAAGUCAUGGACUUCUAGCGAAAGUCACUGCAUCGACAAAACAAUGACGGAAGAGAAGUGUAUUGUGAUACGCUACUUGCACGGUGAAGAAGUGCCAGCUCCCGUCGCACCACCUGGAGGCUCAGAAGCCUUCCUUCAUAUCAGAUGCUGUCGCGAGAACGACUUCAAGUCGAGGCACGUCGUGGAGGUCCCGGUUCGACUGCUCAUGAUGUUCUCGCCGGCGCUGAACGGUUUCGACAUCUUCAGCAACGCCAGCCAGUUGUUCGGUGCGGUGCACGGCACGUUCGUUGGCACGAUCGAUGUCGGCCGCAUUGACAAGGGCGUCGUCGAGAGUGCAGUGACCUUUUUAAAGGGCGGAGUUCUGGAAGUCAGACUCCCAGCCCUGGGCGAGCACAUCUCGUACGGGGAGAAGAAGGCGUUGUUGCAGACAGCUGACCUCGCGCACAAGCUGGACAUUAUAUGUCUGCAGAAGGCGGCGAUGCAUGCCAUCUGCGUCUCUGUCCUGCGAGAGCAAACUGAUUGGGACAACGAGGAAACUCGCUUGUUGCUUCAGUGA